UAACGUAGAUGUCGUUCAAACAUUAAACUCUGCUUAUCUCGAAAAAUGGGGUAAAUCUAAGAAUCAUUAACAAAUGUUUUCAGCUUUACUCACACUAAGCUGAAUGUUUCCGCCAUUAGUCGCUGUCGGUCGCCAAAAACCUCGAAAUCAUCGAUCGAAUUCGAACCUCUCUGCAACAGAGACGACGCCAUAGAUUUGCUCGUUCAUAAUGCAUCAGCGAUGGCAGAAGAGGAAAAGCCAGUUACCCCUAAUUGCAAUCCUCUUGUUCAUCUUCGUAGCCUUCACUAUUCUCUACAACGAAUCGAACAUCCCAGGGAUUCACCACCGCAAUUCUCCCCCCAGCGGCGUCGACGGCGGCGAAGUCCGGCCACGAUCCACCUUCCACGGCGGCGAUUUCUUCAGUCCCACGCCUCCCCAGAGCUUCGGCUCUGUUAGGAACCCUCCAGUGCGUUUGGAUAAACAUGCUAUAUGCAAUUCCACGGUGAAAUACAGUGGCCGGAGAGCUUUUCCGGCGGUACGACGCGCGGCGGAAUCCGGCGUCCGGCCGCCGGAUCGGAAGUGUGAUUUAUUUUCUGGGAAGUGGAUUUUCGACAACAAAUCGCAUCCGCUGUACGAGGAAUCUCAGUGUCCGUACAUGUCUGAUCAAUUGGCUUGCCAUAAGCAUGGAAGACAUGAUUUGGGGUACCAAUUCUGGAAAUGGCAACCCCAUGGCUGCAAUUUGAAGAGAUGGAAUUCAGUCGAAAUGUGGGAGAAAUUGAGGGGUAAAAGAUUGAUGUUUGUCGGGGAUUCGUUGAAUCGAGGGCAAUGGAUUUCGAUGCUGUGUUUGUUGCAGGCUGCGAUUCCUUCCGACCAACGUUCGAUUACGCCGAAUUCGGAAUUAACCAUUUUCAGAGCAGAGAAUUAUAAUGCUACGGUGGAAUUCCUUUGGGCGCCUCUUCUUGUCGAAUCGAACAGCGACGAUCCCGUCGAUCACCGCCUAAGCGAAAGAAUACUGCACCCGGAUGCAGUGCGCAGGCACUCGUCGCGGUGGCAGCACGCAGACAUCCUCGUCUUUAAUUCGUAUCUCUGGUGGAGACAGGGCCCUGUGAAGCUCUUAUGGAGUGACGAACAGAAUGGAGUUUGCGAAGAAAUAGGCGGUCAGGGUGGCAUGGAGUUAGCGAUGGAAGUGUGGGCAGAUUGGGUCGCUGGAAACGUGGAUCCUUCAAAGAAGAAAGUGUUCUUUGUCACCAUGUCGCCGACGCAUAUGUCGAAGGACGAGUGGGAGCCGGGAAGUCGAGGGAACUGCUACGGCGAGAAGGAGCCGAUAGAGGAUGAAGGAUAUUGGGGAAGGGAUUCGGACAUGCCCACGAUGCGGAUGGUGGGCGAGGUUUUGCGCCAGUUGGGGUCCAAGGUUACUGUCCUGAACAUUACGCAGCUGUCCGAAUACAGGAAGGACGGACACCCCACGAUUUACCGGAAGUUCUGGGAGACAUUGGGGCCGGAGAAGUUAGCCGACCCGGCUAGUUAUUCCGAUUGCAUACAUUGGUGUUUGCCGGGCGUACCCGAUGUAUGGAACGAGUUGUUGUUCCAGUUUUUGUAAGAAUAUUACAAACCGUCAAAGAAAUGCUGGUUAGAAAUUGAUCGAUUGAAAUUCAAAAGCUCGAUCGUUCUUGUUGUAUAUUAAAUUGUCGAAUGCGCAUAAUGACUGACUUACUUAAAAGUUCAAACUAUUAGAAAAAUGUAUCAUUAAUUUAUUUACUCGCAAA